AUCAUCGCAACGGCACAGAAAAGAUCAGGACAAGAUGGUACGGAAACUGAAGCAUCAUGAGUCCAAACUCCUUCGAAAAGUCGAUUUCACAACCUACAAAAGCGACAAUAACCAUCGCGAUGCGGCCGUGAUACGGCGAUACGCCAUCCAGAAACCCGGAGAUUACCAAAAGUACAAUCGAUUAUGUGGUGUAAGAAUUUUCUUCUUCAAAAGAAGCUUUGCGUGCGCAUUAAAAAGGCGUAUACUGACAAGUUUCUAGUCGUUAAGACAACUUGCCCAUCGUCUUGCAGCCCUUCCACCCGACUCCGAGUUUCGUCGCAAACAAGAAAUUCUUCUGCUCGAGAAGCUCAAUGACAUAGGCAUCCUCCCCUCCACUGCAUCGACAGCGAAACUAUCAGAGGUUGAAAAGAAUGUUACUGUAUCAGCAUUUUGUCGGCGACGUCUACCUGUUGUAAUGACCAGACUGAGAAUGGCCGAAACUGUACAAGCCGCGACGAAGAUCAUCGAACAAGGACAUGUCAGAGUUGGUACCGAAACUAUUACGGAUACGGCAUUUCUGGUCACAAGAAGUAUGGAGGAUUUUGUUACGUGGGUCGAUGGAAGUAAGAUCAAGAGAAAUAUACUGAAGUAUAGGGAGAAGCUGGACGAUUUCGAUUUAUUGUAGGAUGUGGAAAUGGCUUAACAGAGUUCCCGCAUGAUUCGAUAUCUAAUUAGGGGUGCGAAAAGGGAUUGUAAAUGCACGGCGUUUGGAAUGAAUAAGGAAUCAAGCAUUGAUGGAGUUAUGGAAUGUUCCGCCGAGCAGAUUCUAUAUGAUCCUCACAAGGCCUAUGAUACCAAUGG